CCGUCGUUAUCGGUCUCGCCCGCGCGUCGCGCUUCUCCAGUCGCGAGAUCCCUCGAAUGAUAAGAACAGUCAGCGUUUUGUAUUCCGCUCCGUCUUCAGCGGUGCUCCGUGCUUUCGGCCGAUUUGUGACAAGUGAUUUCGGAUACUUCCAGGCCAUUUACACCGUGUUGAACUUCGGGUUCUCAGCUUUGCCGGCUUCCCACUGCACCGUAACAGAUGAACAAAUUGCCUGAUUUCAAUGCUGCGAAAGUACUUUUUGACCCCAUAAAUCAUACGCCGGAUUUCUUUUCAAAAUUUUCAAAACCUAUGUUUUGAACUUUGGUUAUCGUAGUUCAUCGGCUUUUUCAUUCGGCUGUUUUCAAAGUGAAAAAUUAAACUUACUCAAUGCUUCCGUCUGAAUAAUUUUUUUUCGAAAUUUCAGCGGCCGUGUACGUGUUGAUAAAGUUGCCGGUUUUUUGCUACAAUGAUUAGUCGACAAAUUGGCUACUUUUAAGGUUUCUCUUGGUAUUUUUUUACCUAAAAAUUCGUUGGAUUAUAUUUUUCAGUGUCGCAAGCAAACAUUUCAGUGGUUCCUAAUAACCUUCCUAUGUACAUAUUAGUGCAUUUCAAUUGAAUGUGGUGGUUUUGCUCCUUAACCUUUAGUCAAAUAUUUUGAGGGGAAAUAAUAGGCAGGCUAUCGUUUUACGCGUGACUUGUUUGGAUAAUUUCAAUUUUAUCAACUUUAUAGUGUUUUAAGUUUAUCAAGAAAUCUUUAAACUUUUAUAAUCUUUUGCCCAAUAAACAGUCACUAAACGCCAUUCAUUCGAUAAUUUUGUGUUUUAUCAUGUUAUGCUCAAUUCUUUGAAGAGCUAUCUUUUUUUCCAGUGCAUUACAUAAUGCAAAUAAGAGAGGAAAGCUAUGAAAAUUUGCACCUACAGUUGUUUUAGUUAUCUAUAAAUCGUGCGAUUGUCUUCAACUGAAGACUAAGUUCAAAUUCAUCUGUCUGAAAUCUUGCAUUUAUUUGUCGACCUCUCUUUUCAAAUUGUGCGCUUAAAUUUCCGGAUAAGAAUCGAAUAACCUUAAAAUUUUGGACAUAAAUUUCGCCGCAGAUUCUUGUGUCGUGAGUGAGAUCGAGUGUUCUCUAUUUUAGUGUGUUCAUCGGGGAUGUAAGUGUUUGGUGCAAUUUAGAAAAAUUUACAAAAUUUGGAGCGGACUGAAAUUCCGUUAAAUCUCGUUUGCUUGGAGUAAAUUCCUCAAUUUUCAUCGGAGACUUAUUCAGUUCAUCCUCCGUCGGUUUUCUCAUCUUUUUCAUUUAAGGUGCCGCUCGGCGAUGACAGAGCCGCGCUCGGUUUUGGAACCUGCCUGGGCCUGGGCGGGCGGUCUCUAAUGCGGCGCUCAGGGGGUUGCGUUCUCUGGGUGGAAGGCGCGCCCCUGGGCCCGGCUCCCGGGUGGCGGCGGCGGGCGUGCCCCCGGGCGCUCGGUAGCCGGUAGGGCGGCGGGCGCGGGCGCAAUGGGCGAGCCCUGUCCCUUAUGAAGCAAUGCUGGUUGCCUGGCGCUGCGCCUUCCUGCUCGUGCUCAAGACCCUCGUCGUCGGCGUGGCCCACACUCACAAGCACAGCCCCCGCGUGGUCCGCACCAAGUACGGCCUCCUCCGCGGCAUCGUCCACGAGUCCCUCCGCGUCGAGGCCUUCCUCGGGGUCCCGUACGCGACGCCCCCGACCGGCUCCCUCCGCUACAUGCCCCCCGUGACCCCCUCCAUGUGGGAGGACACCCGGCUCGCCGACGCCUACUCCCCGGUCUGCCCGCAGCGCGUCCCCGAGAUCGGGAACCGCACCGAGGCCCUCAUGGAGCACCCGCGCGGUCGCCUCGUCUACCUCGAGAAGCUCCUCCCUCUCCUCACCAACCAGAGCGAGGACUGCCUCUACCUCAACAUCUACAUGCCACUUCUCGAUACCCCAAUCGAGGGAGAGGAAACCGGCCUGCCGUGUAUCGUUUACAUCCACGGAGAGUCGUAUGAGUGGAACUCCGGAAACCCGUACGACGGAAGUUCUCUGGCAAGCUACGGCAACCUCAUCGUCGUUACCCUUAAUUUUAGACUAGGAAUAUUAGGUUUUUUGAAAACGGGAGCAAAAGGGAGUGCUCAGGGUAAUUUCGGGCUCCUGGAUUUGAUCGCGGGUCUGCAUUGGUUGAGGGAGAACCUCCCCGCGUUCGGCGGCGACCCCAACCGGAUCGUUCUCCUCGGCCACGACACCGGAGCCGCCCUCGCCAACUUCAUCGCUGUCUCUCCCGUCGCCAAAGAGCUGCUGCACCGGGUGAUAUUGCUGAGCGGGUCGGGUCUGUCACCGUGGGCGCUGCAGCGGGACCCUCUGGCGAUCAAGCGGGCGGUGGCCGUCCACACGGGCUGCCACGGGGACCUCGCCGAGGAGGACCUGGCGCCCUGUCUCCGCUCCAAGUCCCUGGCCGCCCUCCUCGACGUCCGACUCAACCAGCCGCGCUUCCUCCCCGGCUUCGCCCCCUUCGUCGACGGCGCCGUCCUCUCCCACCGCCUCGCCGCCGCCGCCACCGCCGCCACCGUCUCCCACAGCACUGCCGGCCUCCUCACCGGCAACAAGGAGGUGCCUGGAAACGAGCUGGGCGACUUCCCCGAGCGUGACCUGUUGUUCGGGCUGACCUCGACGGAGUCGUACCUGGACCUGAACGCGCAGGACCUGGAGUUCGGGUUCAACGAGACGCGGCGGGACCGGAUCCUGCGGACGUUCGUGCGGAACUCUUACUACUUCCACCUCAACGAGAUCUUCUCGACGCUCAAGAACGAGUACACCAACUGGGAGUGCGCCGUCCAGGGCCCGCUCAGCUACCGCGACUCCACCCUCGAGGUCCUCAGCGACGGACACACCGCCGCCCCGCUCAUCACCGUCGGCUACCUGCACGCCGCCCGCAAGGGGCGCACCUACUUCCUCCACUUCCAGCAUCAGUCUGGAGAGAGAGAUUUUCCUCAGAGAACGGGAAGCGUUCGAGGAGAAGACGUGCCUUACAUCCUAGGAUUACCUUUAGUCGGCGGCCAGCCGUUUUUCCCGCACAACUAUUCUGCCAAAGACGCAGCCAUCGCUCGCCAGCUCACUACCUACCUCGCAAACUUCGCCAGAAACGGAGAUCCAAAUAUAUCAAACCCACCUUCUAGUAGUAAUUCAAAUCUUCCUCUGUGGGACCCAUAUGACUCAGUCAACCAAACGUAUUUAGAAUUAACUGAAAACUCUACAAUCAAGAAACACUAUCGAGGUCACAAGAUGUCACUGUGGCUCAAUUUAAUUCCGCAGCUCCACAGGCCGGGUGUGGACGAACUCAGCAUGAGCCAUCAUCAUUUUCAGGAAGAAGAGCCUCAGUACUAUGACGGGACGGUGCGGCGAUACCUGAUGCAGCGCCCGUCGUUCUACACGCCUCCAACGACGACAACGACGCCGACGCCCAAGGCGGAGCCACCCACGUCAGCGGGGGCGGCGAAGGCCCCUCUGCCAGCGCCGACGACGACCCCCGCGGAGUGCACGAACCUGACGGCGCUGGGCCCGGCGGCGGACGCGGUGAGGCCCACCUCCGGGGACCGGGAGAGGGAGCGGUCCCACGGGAACAACCUGCUCAACCGGUGGGGCCCCGGCUCGUACCAGCUCUACGCGCCGGCCCUCCUGUCGGCCGUCGUCAUCGGGUUCCUCUUCCUCCUCAACGUCCUCAUCUUCGUGUUCAUCUGCCACCAGCGCGGGCGCCACCUCCACGACCGACGUCGCAAGAAGCGGAAGCGCAAGGAGGAGGUCUGCGAGAUCAACAGUUGCUGCAGCAGCUCCAGCGAGUACCACUCCGAGAGCAAGAUCCCUGUUGCCGGGAUCAGCUACGCGCACCACCAAUCGACCUCGACGAGUCCGAUGGUGGAGCUGCAGGAGUUCAAGUCGUCGCCGCCGUCGGCAGUGAAGCGGAUGAGCAACUGCACGACGCCCACCUACUCGAUGGACACCCUCCUCACGCCGAGCAUCCCGGAGCCGCCGCCGCCCCCGAACCAAUCCGCCGCCGGCAUCCUCCGCCCCCACAACUGCCCCCAGACCCCCAGCUCCAUGAAGAAGCGCGUCCAGAUCCAGGAGAUCUCCGUCUGACACCAGCAGCCUCCGCUCUACCCUCCAACAUCGGGUUUCGAGUCCAGGGAUUAUCAUGUCUUGCAUGGUGAUUUAACAGAUGUCGGGUAUGGACAGUUCAACUAGUAUGAAGAUGUUGACUGGUCUCAAGGUCUUGAAAAGCUCGAACUGCAGCUCUCUCGUGAACCCAAAGUGGUAUAAAACUCUUCAAGAAACGCCAUAGGAAACUCAGUUCGUACUGAGAAACCUAUGUUCGAUGCACUAGACAUGUAUCACCAAACAUAAUUUCGUAAUGGUCGUUGGAUGGGUGAAAUCAAGAUUCCUGGUGAGAGAAAUUGAAAACUGAAAGUAAAACUCAUUCUUUUACAAUUUAUAUCUAAAAAGGACCGCGCUCAACAGAAAGGAACCAAGCCACAUCAGCUAUUGACAAAUUUAAUUCGGCAAUUUUAUUUUUUACACAAGAACGGUUGUGCG